AUGGAGUUCGGGACUAAAAACCACGAUUUUUUGGAAGGUUCAGGUAGUUGUAGGACCGACGAAUCGGAUGGAAAAAAUUCGCAACCAAAAAUGAGUCGGAUGGUGGAGGGUAAGCAGCAGGAGUUUGGGGUUAGUUUUAUUAGGAAAACAGAUUACAAACUUAACCUGGAUCAUGAAGAUAAGGACGGGGUAUUUUUUGGAGGUUUUUAUGAUGGUCCUACGAGAGGAUCGGGACAUAAGUCGUACUACAAACGGAAGUUAGAGCUGUCGCAUGAAUUCAAUAAAAGACAGCGGUACAUGGAUCACCCAAAUGGGGGUAUCGAAAAGUCUGUUCAUAAUAAGAUAUUCAAUUAUGUUGGUUUAGGGGAUGAAGAGCUGCGAAUAAGUAAUAGCGGCAAAACUCAUGACAAUAGUGGCUUUGAUUCCUAUGUUACAGAAACUCCUAGAGAUUUGUACAAUAAUACAGGAAUAUUUAAGGGUGACAUUACACACAACACUGCACUAUCUCAUGAUCGAAACAACUUCUGUGAAAGUUAUGAUGUCGUCACAGGAAGUAUGCUUCCUUUGAGAUUGAAAGAUGUUGCAAAGAGGUCAGAACCAUCGUUAUCAUUUCCGUUAGUAGAUGGUGGACAUUACUUAUUAGGAGAGCCUCUCAGAGAUAUCAUAAGUGAUACUAAUGGAACAAAUCAUUCAACUGAGCAAACUUUGAUAAACAAUAAAAACGAGAACAAUUUACUGUUGAUAGGCGCUUACGAUAAGGAGAACGUGAUUGAUCCCAGAGUAAUAUUCAAGUUAGAAGCGAACCCCAGGUACCUAGGAGGACUGAAGAGGUUCUGCAACAACUUUCCGUGCAUGCCAUUAUCCCAAGAAAACAACAGUGCGUUAGGUUGUUUAGAUACGAACAGGAACUCUAGAAUCGAUACGAAUGUUUCGAAACAGCUGCCCUUAAUUCCAGCAAUUGAUGAAAACAUACUUCCACCUCAAAAAAAAACUAUUAUGCUCACCUACCCAACACCCGAUCGGGUGUCUGACAGGGAAUUCAAUACUCAUAUAUACAACAAGACGGGCCUCUACACAGGCGAUAUAGUUGAGCAAGAACAGAAAGGAUUAAAAAAACUAGAAACGACAAAAACAGCUUCUAAAAAUAAGCCUAAACUAAGCCAGAAAUUAUUAUAUAUUCAUAAUCUUUCUCGUUCGAGUAAUACAAAAAUUGACGAAACUGUUGCCUAUCUACAUUAUAAAUUACGGGGCUAUGAAAACAUGGCAGUUCUGACAAGGAUUAGAAAUAUAUUGCAAAGUCAUCAACUGAAUUUAAUAGGCAUUUGUGGCCAACUAGGAAUUCCUGAAUUAUUGGUUCCUCGAAGAACAAAUUAA